GUUGAUUUCUUUCGCUAAAUAUUUUUUGUUCGUAGAUUUUCUUUUUUUUUUUCUUGUUUUUGUUUGUUGAGCUAUGUUCGAAACACCUUAGAUUUUAUUGCUUUGCUUUAUUUUUUGUUUUAUUCAAACUGCCAAUCAGACUUAUCAUGACGGAUAACACCUAUAAACGUGAAUGUAAAUACUGCAACAAACUUAUAUCUGGGAACUCCUACGCUUACCAAGCACACCUUUUCCAACAUAACGCCGUGAAGCCCAGAUAUAUGUGCAAGGUUUGUGCAAAACCAUAUUUCAGGAGAGAUAUUUUUGCAAGACAUAUGUAUUCCCAUUUUAAACGUGACGAAAUAGACUCUGUUCCAUUCAAAUAUGAAGUCAAAAGCUACACAUGUGACUAUUGUCUACGUAGUUUCAAAGGAAAGAGAAAUCUAAUCAACCAUAUGAAAGUGCAUGAAGAUAAUUUCAACGCGCACACUCAAAAAUACAAAUGUGAUGCAUGUGCUGUAACAUAUUGCGAAGAGAGAUUGCUUAAACAUCACAUUCGCAAUAAACAUUUCAACUUGGAAAGCAAGGAGAACAUGUACGAACUGAAAAAACCCAACGACACUUGGUUUGAGGCAAUAAACAAUACGAAAACCUGUGUUCAAAUGACGAAAAUCAAUAACAACGUUUUUAGCAUAAAAAGGAUCAAAAUGAAAACAGAAACGCAUGAUGAUGUUACAAAAAUGCAGAGUGUGUAUUUUAAAGAUAUAUUGCAGUAUUCAAAGGUUAUAUGCGAUUAUUGCAACAAAGAGAUGUUGAAAAAAAGCUUGAUAAAGCACAUUACGGAAACACAUUUGAAAAUUAGAAAGUUUUCGUGCGAUAUGUGUGAUAGAACCUUUUACAGACAUUACCAGUUGACUGAACAUGAUUGUAGUAAGAUUAGAGCGCGUAGAGAGAGAAAAGAUGUUAAGAGUACCUGUAAUCUAAACUAAUAUUAUAAAGCUGAAGAUUUUGUUUGUUUGAAUGCGCUAAUCUCAGGAACUACUGGUUCGAAUUGAAAAAUUCUUUUUGUGGUGUUUAAUAGACCAUUUAUCGAGGAAGGCUUUAGGCUAAAUAACAUCACGCUGCAACUAUAAGGAGCGAAGAAAUAAUGGAAAAUGUGAUAAAAAAGGGGAAAAUUAUUCAUCCUUGAGGGCUUCAAUGAUGCCCAAAAUAACUAUUCCACGCGGACGAAGUCGCGGGCACAGCUAGUCGUCAAUCAAUCAAAUAUGCAUGAAAAGAAUAAUGAAUGUGGAGGAAGCUGGAGAGGUCUGUGAGGAAUGUAGCGAGUGUAAAUCCAUAGUCUCUGCCUACCCCAAUGGGAGACACGCGUGAUGGUAUGUAUGUAGAGCUGACUGUUGCCAACGUGUUAACUACUUGAAUUAUCAAUUAAUUUGACACAGCUAAAUAAUUAAACUUCCGGAAUAGUGAAUUUGUACGUAGAUCUUUGACAUAUUUCUUCGUCAGUUGCUUCUUUUUUCCGUGCGCUAUAGCUGUGUGUAAGUUUAUAUUUAUAGUUUCUGCAUUUAUAUAGUUUAUUUAUUAUAGUGCCGUGUGGUUCCCGGCACCAAUACGAAAAAGAAUAGGACCACUCCAUCUCUUUCCCAUGUAUGUCGUAAAAGGCGACUAAGGGAUAGGCUUAUAAACUUGGGAUUCUUCUUUAAGGCGAUGGGCUAGCAACCUGUCACUAUUUAAAUCUCAAUUCUAUCAUUAGGCCAAACAGCUGAACGAGGCCUGCCAGUCUUUUGGAGACGUACGUGAUUAUAUGUAUGUAUGAGCCUUUUUUGUUCUCAAAUUUUCAUGAAGAUUGGUUUAGUAGAUAACUCGUGAAGAGACAACAAACAAACAAACAAACUUACUUUCGCAUUUGUAAUAUUAGUUAGAUUGAGAUAGGAUGGAUGUAUUAUUUAUGUUUACCACUCAACCAUUGGGUCUAAUGAAAAACUAAGUAGGUAAUGCAUGUUAUAGAAAAAAAAAAUUAAGUAAUUUGCUGAAAAGACUAUUAGUUUAGGUAAGUACAUAAUGCAUUAGUAUUUCAAAAAUGUCUUCCAAACAAUAUAUAAUUUUGUAACAUUUAAAUUGUCUUAUUUUUUUUAUAUUAAACAAUGACAAUUCA